UUUUUCUUUUAUUUUUUUUCUUUCACUUUCCAUUACUUUUCUUUUUUCUUAUACAAUCUUUUAUACGUCAUCAUGUCGUCAAGAAAGAAGGUUUUACUCAAGGUCAUUAUUCUUGGUGAUAGUGGUGUUGGAAAAACUUCUUUGAUGAAUCAAUAUGUGAAUAAAAAGUUUAGCAGUCAAUACAAAGCUACUAUUGGUGCCGAUUUCUUGACAAAAGAAGUCAUGGUCGAUGAUAAACUGGUCACUAUGCAGAUUUGGGACACUGCUGGUCAAGAAAGAUUCCAAUCUCUUGGCGUUGCAUUCUAUCGUGGUGCUGAUUGUUGUGUCUUGGUAUAUGAUGUGAAUAAUAACAAGAGUUAUGAAUCUUUAGGUCAAUGGCAUGAUGAAUUCCUUGUACAAGCAUCUCCACGAGAUCCUGAUAACUUCCCAUUUGUUGUAUUGGGUAAUAAAGUGGAUGUGGAUGAGUCGAAAAGAACGGUAUCUCAAAAACGGGCAAUGGCUUUCUGUCAAGCAAAAGGAAAUAUCCCUUAUUUUGAAACUUCAGCAAAGGAAGCAAUCAAUGUCGAACAAGCUUUCCAAACCAUAGCUAAGAAUGCUCUCCAACAAGAAACUGAUGUAGAAUUAUAUAGCGAUUUUAAUGAUCCAAUCCGUAUUGACAAUGAUAAUACAAAGGAUUUCAAUGGUUGCGCUUGUUAGAUGUUUUCUUUACACCCUGAUCCUUUUUUCUUUUUUUUUUUUCUACUUUCUUAUUUCUAUUGUAUUUUUUUCCCUUUCUCCCCCAUCCAUCUACAUUAGUCAUCUAUCUGUAGAGUAGUUUAUAUUCUUUACCUCUCCAUUUUUUUUUUUUUGUAUGUCGUCCUUUUAUUUUAUAUUUU